AUGACUGAAGCAAUUACUGAAAAACUUCAUUUUAUAGAUUUUUUUUCCUCUUACACACUAAUUAUUGGAAUAUUUUUAUUAAUAUUAAGUUUUGCUUAUCUCCAUGCAACAUGGAUAACAAGAAAUGAUUUAUUUAAUAUUGAUAAAAUUGCAUGGAUUAUUGAAGAAAUCUCUUUACCAACAAGAACAAUCAUUAGGGUUUUCCCUUUAAGUGAACGUCAAAUGAUAAUUGCUUCAACAAAUAAUAGUUCACAAUAUAUUAAUAAUUUAUUACGUGAAGAUAAUACUGGUAUUAAUGUACCUGUGUUUCAAAAUGAUAUAUCAAAUUUAAGAAAACAUAUUCUUGUUGUUUAUGGACCUAAAACAUCUGAUAAAAAUGGAAAAUUAUUAAAACAUCUUAGUCAUGUUGCCGGUAAAAAAUGUUUUUUUUCAUUUCAUAAAGAUGAUUCUAUAUAUGAUAUUUCAUCAGGAAUUGCAGAAUUGACAAAUUUUGCCUUUGCAUUACUAGUUACAAGUGCUAUUCAUAAAUUAAGAAAUAUUCAACCAUCUCAUAAAUCAACAAUUUUUUCUUUUUUACGUGUUUUACAAUCUAAAGAUUUUCAUAAUGAUGAAAGAAUUUAUAGGCAUAGUAUUGAAACAAGAUAUUUAUCUCCUACAGAUAUGCAAAAAAAUUAUAUAAAAAGAUUUUCUAGUAAAAAAAGUAUUGAAGAAAUGAUUUCAUCUUAUACUGAUUGGAUUCCAGAUGGUCCAAAUAAAGAGGAACUUGUUAAGAAGUAUACUAAUCAGGCAAUUGAAAAAUAUUGUAAUUAUAUUAUGAAAGCAAAAUUUUUUAAAUAUAAAAUGGAUAUUACAAGAAUAUUAGUUGAAAAAUAUCCACAAGUGAUGGAGGAAGAAACAGAAAGAUCAGAACUUUUAAAAUUAAUUAAUAUAUCAGCAAAAAAAUUAAGUAAACAAAGUGAAAAUAAUUUUUCAUCAGAUGUUUCUCUUGACAGUAUAGUAGAUCGUAUUUAUGAAAAAUAUUUUAUAAAUAAAGAUAAAGAAAAUACACCAUAUAAGUUAUUAACAAGUACACUUAAUCAAGAUGAAAAUGAAAUUAAUUUAAAUGAGGAUGAAAAUGAGGAAGAAAAAGUAAUAAAACGUGUUAUACAUUUGAGUGAUCAUUCUGAUGAGCCUUAUAAUCCUCAAAUAAUGACAAUUGAAAAUGCUAUUUAUGGAGAUUUUACAAGUAGAAGACAAUCUUUUAGUCCAUUCAGUAGUGAUGAUAGUGUGAACUCUUUUCUUUCAGAAUCAUUAUUUGAAGAUUCCCCAACCUCAAUAAAUGGUUCCAGGAUUACUAGAUUUAACACAGUUCCUAAUGAUAAUUUAUUAUUAGAAGCUAGGAGGCGUCUACAAUUUUCAAUUAAUCAAGGAAUAUCAAAUUUAUCUAGAAAUAGUGAUAACAGUAAUGUUCACAUUGAAAGAAAUAAUUCAUCCUCACCUCAAGAAGAAGAUAUUAUAAUUGGUUUUGAUAAUCAACAACAUUUUAAUGUACCCAGUGGUAAUGAAGAGUCUGAUGGAGUUCAUGAGUCAAAUACAUCUUCAGAAAUUUCAUCUGAAGAAAAUAAUGAUGAUGAUAAUUUGAAUGAGACAAUUAAAUUAAAGUUUUUGAAUGAUGAAGAAAAAAUUAUUCCUUUUAGAAAUACUAUGAAAGUUGGAGAUUUAAAAAAAACUCACUUCAAAGAUGCUGUGAAUCAACGUAAAAUGAUUCGCCUUAUUUAUUCAGGACAAUUAUGUCGUGAUGAUGAUAAAAGACUAACCUAUUAUGGUAUUAAAAAUGGAAGUGUUGUACAUGUACAUAUUUCAAAUAUUCCAGUAACAGUAAAUAAUUCACCCACCCAAGAAUCAGAAACAUUUAAUACAAAUGGCCAAUUAAAUAUUGGAAAUAAUAGAAAUUUUAAUACAGAACACCAAAGUUUACAUCCUUCUACAAAUAAUUUUGAAGGUGAUGUUAGAAUUGUAACACCAUUAAUUGAUAAUAUUCAAGGAUAUCUUAUAACAUUUUUACAGACAUGUUUUAGAUGGAUAAGAAGAGAAACAGAAAAUGAAAAUAUUUCACCAAAUUCACGGUUUUAUUUUAUAUAUACAUUGUACAUAAAUUUUCUAAAUAAUAUAUUACAAUACCUUGAAACAUGGCGGUUAGAAAUCACUCGUCCUAGAAAUCGUCUUUCACUUGGAGAACAUAUAAGAAAUAAUUUUUCAACUCUAAUUAUGUUUGUAUUUCUUCCACCUAUAAUUUAUUUUCUUAAUACUUCAAUGACAAGUUUGGCCGUUGGAAGUGCUUUUAUUACUUGUUUUAUUUUCUUUAUUACUUUGAUAAUUCUAAAGUAUAUUUACAAUUUUUGGAUAACCUCUUAA